GGGAAAUAAGGAACAACAGAGGCAAGAGAGAGUGGAGACAGCCUGACGCUCUGAACAGCUGGAACGGGGACUUUCCACACACUGAGAAAGUGAAAGCAAUCAGUAGAGGAGGAGGAGGAGAUGCUAAUGCUGCUCCUGCUGAUAAAGAUGAAGAAGAAGAAGAAGAAGAACAAGAAGAAGAAGAAGAAGCAGAACAAGACGGAGGAGGAGGAGGAGGAGAUGCUGAUGCUCCUGUUGAUGAAGAUGAUGAAGAAGAAGGAGGAGGAGAAGAUGCUGAUGUUCCUGCUGAUGAAGAAGAAGGAGGAGGAGAAGAUGCUGAUGUUCCUGCUGAUGAAGAAGAAGAAAGAGGAGGAGAUGCUGCUGCUGCUCCUGCUGAUGAAGAAAAAAGAAGAGGAAGAGGAGAAGAUGCUGAUGAAGAAGAAGAAGAAGAAGAAGAAGAAGAAGAAGAAGGAGGAGAAGAUGCUCCUGCUGCUCCUGAAUAGAAUAGGAGUUUAUUGUCAUUUGCACAAAUACACUGCAGGACAGGUACAUUAGAAUUAUUGAGCGUUUUUCACGAGUCAGCUUCAUAGACAUUAUUUUAAAAAUUACAAAUAUACGGAACAAUGUACAUUCUAAAAUAAAACAAAAACACUAUAAUACACGAUUAUAACAAAUAAACAGUGAGAGCACUAGAUCGAGGUAUGUAAGGCUGUCAUUAAACUGAGUGCAACUGUAUAGGAAUAAAUAUAUAAAAAAGUAAUAAAUA